CUUAUUGUCAUUACUUGACUCAGAGGAGAUGAUGUGUGUGUCAAAGUCCAGACGCCAGCAAGUGUGUGGAUCAACAUGGAGCAGCAGCAGCAGAAGAAGAUUCUGUGUGUGGGCCUGGUCUGUCUGGACAUCAUCAAUGUGGUUGACCAGUAUCCUGAGGAGGACACUGACAGCAGGUGUUUGUCACAACAUUGGCAGCGAGGAGGAAACGCUUCAAACUCCUGUACAGUGCUGUCGCUGCUCGGAGCUUCCUGCGCCUUCAUGGGUUCACUGUCUACCGGACCUGUGGCUGAUUUUAUUUUGGAGGAUUUUCAGAAGUUCAACAUCGACGUGUCUCUGGUGACUGAGCAUGCUCAGUGCAUCCUUCCAGCGUCUGUGGUCAUCAGCAACAUCAGCACAGGAAGUCGCACCAUCCUCCAUAUGAACAGGAACCUUCCUGAUGUCACAGCAGACGAUUUCUCCAAAGUCGACCUCCAUCAGUUCAAGUGGAUCCACUGGGAGGGCCGAAAUGCUGAGGAGCAGGUGAAGAUGAUCCAGCAGGUAGAGAUGUUCAAUAGAAUGUUACCACAGCAACAGAGAAUCACCAUCUCCGUGGAGAUAGAGAAGACCAGAGAGCCACUGUAUCAGCUGUUUCCUCACGGUGACGUGGUGUUUGUCAGUAAAGAUGUCGCCCGUCACUUUGGCUUCCAGUCGGCUGAAGCUGCUCUGAGAGGACUCUACCACCGGGUCAAACAGGGGGCUGUCCUGGUCUGUGCCUGGGCAGAAAAAGGAGCCGAUGCUCUGGGUCCUGACAGUGUCAUCGUUCAUUCAGAUGCCUUUCCUCCUGAAAGUUUGGUUGAUACUCUGGGAGCCGGAGACACUUUCAACGCCGCCGUCAUCUAUACACUGUCCAACGGUGGAAGUUUGCAGGACGCUCUGACCUUUGGGUGCAGAGUUGCUGGCAGGAAGUGCGGUUUCCAUGGUUACGACAGUAUCAGCAAACAUUUUGCAGACGAGUGACCACAGAGUUAAAAACUGGUUUGUUUCAGCCCCAAACUGUGACACACUCACACUGUAAAAAAUGAACCAAUAUUCAGAGAAGAACCUUUUAUUUUUAAUGACAGUAAUAAUACAGUGUUGAUUCGUUUCAACACUAAAAUUACAUUCAACAAGAGUUGAAUAAUUAUCAGUUUGAGAAGUUAAAAGAAAAACUGUGUUGAAUCUGUGUUGAAUUAUCCCAUUAACAUGUGAAACAGCUGUUUAGAAAGAUGAACUGAUGCAUAACUGAUCUAUAAACUGAUAUUACUUGAUAACAAGUAGAUAGAUGAACAAGCUGCUGAUAAAAUCAUAGUUCUGUUUGACUGUUUGUUGUGAUGCAGUGAGUUUAAGUGAAGUAAAAUGAGUUUGCUCCUGCUGUACUUUUUUUUUUUUUUUUUUUUUUUUUACUAAAUGAGAAUAAACUCUGCUAACUGAUCAAUGAUAACAGACCAAACAGAAAUCUGAUGCUGUUCAUUGAUUCAUUCAGUGAUUAAUGUUCAUGUUGUUUAAGUGUAUUAAAAAGUAAUUAGUCUUAUCUUUAA